GGAAACGAAAAGUUGAAUCUGAAGAGUUCCAGGUUUCAAAAAGAUGGAAGGCAAAUGGUGCAGUAACAGCAAUAGAGAGAAAAGUGCAAUACUUUGCUGAUCCUGCUGAAUGGAAUUCAUCACUUCUCAAGAAAAUUAUUGAAGGUUCUUUUUUAAUGAUACAUGGUGCACGUGCUUCAGGUAAAUCAUCUUGUGUAUUUCGAACUAUGGAACAGCUGAAUGAGAAAGGUUAUUUCUGCUUAUAUGCAAGUUUUGAGGGAUUGACUUAUGAGACUGAUGACUUAAAAUCAGAUUCUUUCUGGAAAAUUUUUAUUAGCCAGUUGCUGAAGUCAAACAGGAGAACUGCUGGAUUGUCUAAUUCUUCACAAACUUGGGAUGAAUUUCUAAGUCUUUUUGAAAAAUGGUCUGAACCUGUGGUUUUGUUCAUUGAUGAAUUUGAUACACUGUAUUCAAUUAGUAAAACAAUCAAAGACAGCCUUUUAGGGUCAUUACGCUCUCUUAAACAGCAACAAAAACGACCCAUCCAUUCUGUGGUUGCCAUUGGGACAUUCAGUAUACUUUAUUUGAACACAAGUAAUCCCCAUGUGUCUCCUUUCAACAUCACAGAGAAAUACCAGAAUCCAGAUUUGCCAUUUAAGCAAGUCAAAGCUUUAUUUGAAGAGUUUAUGAGUGAUAGAGGUAUUGUCAUUGACCCUCUGGUGAUCACAGACAUCUAUGCUUUAACAAAUGGUCAUGCAGGCUUUACUUGCCUUUGUGGGUGUGCUAUUGAUGAAAAAUUACCACCAAAAGAUUUUAAUGGAAGACGAUGUAUUACUUACCAACAUUGGCAAAAAUUUAAACUUAAAACAUUGCCACAAGAGAUAAGGGGAUACCGAACAUUUCAUAAGAUGAUUAAUAAACUCAAAGAACCUCAUUCCAUGGAAGCUGUAAAGUUUCUUCGCCAGUACCUUCUUGAUGCUGUAGAAUUCACAGAAGUUCCUGAUCAGCAUAAUCGUUUGAUAGAAUUCUUGGCAGCAGAAGGUGUCUUGACACCUGCUGAUAGUUCCUUGAACAUGGUCAGAUUAUCAUCCCCCCUUGUUGGUACAUACAUCAAAAUGGAUGUUCUUCCAGAAUUAUUUCCACAUGCACCUCGAAGUGAGAUUCCUCUUGAUAGAUAUCAGAAACUUGAUAUCCUUAAGAUGCUUCAAGUAGUUGUUACUUUCUUUGAUAUGGAUCUCAUUCAUCUGGCACCUUUAUGUUGUUUCAAGAAAGCAACUGUACCUGUUAAUGGUAAAAGUGGGAGGAAAAUUCCUAGGGAAAGCACCUAUGAUCAGGAAUUAAUAAGGAUUUUGAGAAACUGGCUUGUUUCAUACACUGUUACUGGACAAUGGCACUUGACAGAAGUUAGUCAGGAUGGAGAUUAUGUGCAUUGUUAUAUUGACAUUGUAAUCAAUGGUAAUGAAGAAAACAUUGUAUUAGAGCUUGUGGCCACAGCUAAUCAAUCAAAUCUAGAAGAACAUUUUAAUCAUGCUUUGUCCUAUGGUAACAACCUGGCUGCUACUGCAAUUUGGAUUGUGCACUUCACCUGUGAGGAUAGAUAUUGUAAGGCAGAGAAUCCUAUGUAUCAAUCUGAAGAACAGAAAAUUCAAGGACUCAAUGUUGUCCAUUUUUGGCAUAAUGAAAAAUUUGAUGAUUUGAAUUAA